ACAUACCAUGGCAUACAAGAUCCCCGGUGCAGCGAUGGACAGAGUCAGCCUGUUGUGGCGUCUGAGGCGUCGAGCUCGCCGUGGAGCCGUGUGCAUGGCCUUCUUCUGCAUCUCCAUGGCUCUGCUCUACGCCAUCUGUGCCGAGAACAGCGUUCCCGUCACCGACGCCAUCUUUGGAGUCCGAGCGAGAACCCGAGCUCAACCUCGCACGCACUCGGUCGUCAAGGUGCUUCGAGGCGGAGCCAAGCCGGCUUACAUCGACCCCCAGAAGCUCCCCGGCGUCGUCCCCGGCGACCCUCACCGUCCAAUCCCCGUCCUCUCCUCGGCCAACCACACGCACGAAGAGUCCGCCUCCAAGCGGAAGUCGAGGGAGCGCGAGCCGUCCGGGGGCUUCUUCACCCGGAUGCUGCCGCGGCCCUUCAUGCGGGCGAUGGAGACGCUGUUCGGCGGGCGGAGGAGGGGCGAGCUGAGCGGCAGGGGGGGGGACGCCGAGUUCUUCGGUCCUCAGGGUCUCCUAGGAGACGUGUGGGACGACGAGACGUCCAGCAACAUGCUGGGAAACAGGCUGAAGAAGGUGGUGCAGAACUAUCAGGCGAUGAAUAAAUACGGCGUGGAGGUUUCGGGACCCGGCGGCGUUCCCAGCCGGCCGAAGCUGAGCGGCCCCGAGCUUCUGUGCCAGCUGAAGAGCCGAGUGGAGGUAGAGACUCUGACCGCUGACCUCGCUCCCUUCUCGUCUCUGCCGCUGGCCGCUCAGCUCCCUCUGAAGCAGCUGACCUCUGACCUCGGCCCCUACAGGAGCUGUGCCGUGGUCUCGUCCGCCGGGGCGCUGCGAUCCUCCGGACUCGGCAAAGAGAUCGACUCCCAUGAUGCCGUUCUGCGCUUCAACGCUGCACCGACCGUCGGCUACGAGAACGACGUCGGCGCUAAAACGACAAUCCGCCUCAUCAACUCGCAGGUGAUGGCGUCUGAUGACCAUCGCUUCCUGUCCAGUUCUCUGUACAGCUCCGGCGCUCUGGUAGCUUGGGAUCCUGCUCCUUUCUCUGCUGACCUCACACAGUGGUUCAACAGGACGGACUAUCCCAUCUUCACUCAGUACCAGAGAUACAGGAGGCUUCAUCCCACGCAGCCCUUCUACAUCCUGCAUCCUCGCUUUGAGUGGCAGGUCUGGCAGCGAAUACAAGACAACAUGGCCGAGCCCAUCCAGAGGAACCCGCCUUCCUCUGGCCUGCUGGGCACGGUGCUGAUGAUGUCACUGUGCGAGGUCGUGCACGUGUACGAGUUCCUGCCGUCGCGCAGGAAGACGGAGCUGUGUCACUACUACCAGCGUUUCUACGACGCGGCGUGCACGUUGGGCGCGUACCACCCGCUGCUCUACGAGAAGAACCUCGUCAAGAGGAUGAACCGCGGCUCCGACCGAGACAUCUACACCCACGGGAGAGUCACGCUGCCGGGCUUCAGCACCCUCAACUGCACCCGAGCUGCUGGAGGUUAAACAGAGACAUGAGAGGGACACACACAUAUACACGGAGACAAA